AUGCAAUGCGGCAUUCGUCUGUUCCAAGAUAUAUUUUCUCACAAAUUCCCAGAACAGACUGGUCGGCGCAAGAUUGGCACUCUUCCCCAGCUCCAGGCUACCCAACUAGCCAUUUCACAAAACGCAGAGCAUGUUCGACACGUCGACCAACACCUCAAGAAUCGCGGAAUCGUCAAGAUCGGCCUCCAAUUCGACGACGACGCCUCUACCUACCUCGAACAGUUGAUCCUCCAGUUACACAAACGUCAUGGCCACGGACUCCCGAUAACUCACAGCGCCUUGCGUGGCUCGCUCUGGGAUAUACGCCCUCAAUUUACCAAGCCACCCGAUACUCACACGGCUCGGUCUGAAACCAUGAACGAGUUCCCCUGGCAUACCGAUUGCAGCUACGAAGAAUCACCUCCGCGCUAUUUUGCGCUACAAGUGAUUCAUCCAGACAAGUCGGGUGGUGGUACUCUCUCCGUUUUGGAUACUUCUCGACUGGUAUCUCUCCUAUCACCCGCUGCCCGCAAGGGACUCACUCUACCUGAAUUCCGCAUCGCCGUCCCGCCCGAGUUUAUAAAACAGGACUCGAAGACACAUAUCACGGGGAACCUUCUGCGGAUGGAUGAAGCCAAGGGGAUGGCCGAGCUUCGUUUUCGGGAGGAUCUGGUCACGCCGUUGACUGCGCCUGCGGCGGCUGCAUUCGAGGAGCUACAGCGGGUUCUCAAUAGUGCGGAUCUUCAAUCUCAAGUUAUGCAGUUGACAUCUGCCAUGCUUCCAAGAGGUUCAAUUGUUGCGAUAGAUAAUCGUCGUUGGUUGCAUGGUCGGAAUCAAGUCCUUGAUCCUAAUCGACACUUGCGUCGUGUUCGCUGGGACGCUGAGCCCUUCAAUGCGCUGUAA